AGCAAAGACUGACCACAGCACCCUCUGCUGUCCAAAUAGAAUAUUUACACUGUCCACAUGCAACCUGCAAUGAUGAUGUUCUCUUCCAAAUAUUGGGCAAGAAGGGGAAUGUCUCUAGACUCUGCAAUGUCCCAAGAUUUUCUGAGCAACUCAACACGAGACAAAUUGAAUGCUGUGAAAAUUAAUGAGAACAAAUGUAGCAAAGCUGAACCAGCUGCUGAAAUAGAAAGAACAGCAGUUGUCCUCACGCUGAAAAAUGAAGUUGGAGGUUUAUUACAAAAUUUAAAAAUCUUUAAGGAAAAAUAUGUCAGCAUUAUACAUAUUGAGUCAAGGAAGCCCAAAAAAGGCAGCUCAGAGGCUGAGAUCUACAUAGAAUUUGAAUGCACUAAGAAAAAAUCCCAGGAACUAAUUCAUCUGAUAAAGCUUCAGCCGAACAUCAUCUCUUUGAAUCCAGCAGAGAGGAAAUGGAGAGAAGAUGAAGAACUCGAUGGAGUCCCAUGGUUUCCAAGAAAGAUUUCAGAACUUGACAAAUGUUCCCACAGAGUUCUUAUGUAUGGUUCAGAACUGGAUGCUGACCAUCCUGGAUUUAAAGAUAAUGUGUAUCGCCAAAGAAGAAAAUAUUUUGUGGAUGUUGCUAUGGGCUAUAAAUAUGGACAACCAAUUCCAAGAGUAGAGUAUACAGCAGAAGAGAUAAAAACAUGGGGCACGGUGUUCAGAGAACUUACAAAGCUGUACCCAACUCACGCCUGCAAAGAAUACUUGAAGAAUCUACCUCUGUUAACAAAAUACUGCGGAUACAGAGAAGAUAAUGUUCCCCAGCUUGAGGAUGUUGCAAUUUUUUUGAAAGAAAGAUCUGGAUUCACAGUACGGCCUGUGGCUGGCUAUCUCUCUCCGAGAGACUUCUUAGCUGGACUAGCCUAUAGAGUGUUUCACUGUACCCAAUACAUCAGACAUGGCUCAGAUCCACUCUACACACCUGAACCGGACACAUGUCAUGAGCUACUUGGUCAUGUUCCUUUACUUGCGGAUCCCAAAUUUGCACAAUUUUCCCAAGAGAUUGGCCUUGCCUCAGUCGGAGCAUCUGAUGAAGAUGUUCAAAAACUAGCAACCUGCUACUUCUUUACUAUUGAAUUUGGUCUCUGCAAACAAGAUGGACAGCUACGUGCAUAUGGUGCUGGGCUCCUAUCUUCUAUUGGGGAAUUGACGCAUGCCUUGUCUGACAAAGCUACUGUGAAAACGUUUGAUCCAAAGACAACUUGCUUGCAAGAAUGUAUUAUCACUACCUUUCAGGAUUUGUACUUUGUGUCAGAAAGCUUUGAUGAAGCCAAGGAAAAGAUGAGAGAGUUUGCAAAGUCAAUCAACCGUCCCUUCUCGGUCUACUUCAAUCCUUACACCCAGAGUGUUCAAAUCCUUAAGGACACCAGGAGUAUUGAAAAUGUUGUCCAAGACUUGCGGAGUGACUUAAACACAGUGUGUGAUGCUUUAACAAAAAUGAAUAAAUAUUUGGGGAUAUGACGUAUAGCCAGGAUAAAAGUGAUUCUCUGUAGAUACCAAAUGCAUACUGAGAUCCUUUUCAUCUUAGGUCAUCAUUUCUAUAAUAAGUAAUGUAUUACUGAUUCACUCCUGUGCUAUAAUAUACAGUACUAUACAUGCACACACACACACACACACACACACACACACACACACACACACACACGCGCGCGCGUAUGAAUACUGUACACAUAUAUGUGUGACAUAUACAUGUAUAUAUGUCUGUGUAUGUAUGUAUAUAUACCCACACACAGCCUCAAUGCUUGUUUUUCAUCUGUGUAAAGUAUUUGUGAAAUGUUUCAAAAUCUAGAACUUAAUAUGUACAAUAUAUCCUGAGUAAUUUCUCUACCCCAUUAGGAAAAAUAUUGUAGUGUUAUACAAUACUAUUGAAUAAGUAAUUUUAUUUGUUUACUUUCUGUGUAGAAUUACUUUUAUACCUUUAGUUAGUUAGUUAAGCAGUAACACUCAUAGCUGCUGUUCUAAGCUUAUCCAUCACUCUCAAUCAAGCUCCAAGUAAAAGCAGCUGGAAAAUCAAUUUGAAUAAAAAUGCCUAGCUUCAAUUUGCCAUCACAUUAGCAAAGACUAUUCUGCUUUCCAGCUAGUAUUGGGACGCAAAGCAAAAACACUUGUUUUUCCAAUUUGAAAAGUUCAUGAAAUCCAAGCACAAUAUUGUUGCAAUUAUUGCUUAAAUAAGUAAGUCACUGUGAGGUGCUGAUCUAGUUGUUCGAUAGCUGUAAGAAGAUAACUGAUUAGCCUUGUUCGGACUGUGUAAAAUCUAUUAACAGAUUAAACAUUGUAAAAUCUUGACUUCACUAAGGCUAUAGAAGUUGAUUCAUUAUAAGUAAUACAUAGUAAAGUUUUUGAAAAAUGAAAUUAUUGAUUUAAAACAAGCUCAAGUGUUGCAGAUAUAAUACUUGUGCAACGUAAGCUUAUUUAGUUUCCCUCUGUUCUGGUAAGGAUAAAACCAACAAGAAAGAAAUCAUGGGAAAUGUCCAGAGACCUAUGGAUGACUGAUCCCUAUGGCAUCAAACAUGUGUCAUUCACAUGGGGAGCAAUAGGAAACAGAGCAUAAAUUCUUCACAGAUAUUCAUUUGAGAAAUUCAACUAUGUUGAACUUUUAUUUGGGGACCAUGAUUUCACUGUGUGUUCCACUUCUUUCGGCUUUAUGCAUGCCAUAAGAGAUGAUUGGUCAUAGGUCUGGAAAAUGUUCCUGGACUUUUACAAUCUAUUUUUAAAUACAGUGAAGGGAACAUGUACAAAAUGCGUGUGCUGUAUUAUAAAGUAUAUAGUGUCCUAUGCUGUAAACAGUUAUUGUUAAUUUAGUUUGUGACUAGGUUAUCCAGAUGGAAGAUAGACAGUAAAUAGUCAGUAGGUCAACAACAGAUGGUUGACAUGGAAAAGGUUGACACGGAAUGUUUUUUCAUGAUGUUUAGGGUAAGGGUUAUGGUUAGGCUGCCGGAGGGUAUGGUUAGGGUUAUGCAUUUGGCAGAGGGUUAGGGUUAGGCUGUGGAAGGGGAUGGUUAGAGUUAGGCAAAAGGGGAAAAAAAUUGACCUUUUCUGUGUCAACCAUUUGCAUGUCGACCUUUGGAACCCUAAGUACAUGUUGACUGCUUUAACUGUCACCCUGUUGACCUAUUGACUGUCGACAAUCUGGUGUUGAUCUAUUGACUGUCUAUGUACUGUCAAUCAUUUUCAAUCUUUUAAUCCAUACCCUGUGAAUAGACCUAAUUGUAGAAAGCAGUAGCAGCACUAACGUGUAGACUUUGUAAAUCUGCUUCCCAACACAGUAAAGAUGUGUCAUAAACAUCUAGUAUAUUUGAUGAAAUAAAGACGUGAUGAAUAAAUAGUUCUAUUCAGUACACAUUACUAGCUAAUAUUUAUGCAGUCUCCCUUCAGAGCAUCAGGUGCCUUUUAACGAAGUUCGUGACAUAUCAAGUGACAUUAUACUAGUACUAUCUGUACUGUAAUAUUACAGAAUUUGUAGUUGUUACAAAAUACAAGGGAAAAGAUGAUCACUCUCUCAAGCCAAAGAUUAUGAUACAAAACUACCAAUUUCCACACUUGUGUUUUGGGUACAUUAUUAAAUAUUCAUUCAAGUGAAUGCAGCAAAUAUAUUCUUUUUCAUUUGAACUAUGGAUUUUCUUGUACAACUCUGAUAAUAAUAAAUGUUGACUUGCCAUGAGCCAAAUAAAUUAUUUAUUUGUUGUUAA